CCCUUUCUUUUCGGCUUCGCCCCCUCAUCCCCUUCCCUCUCUUAAUGACACAGUUCCUCGUGCUCCGUCUCACCUCAGGCCAUGCAGAGAAUGAUUAUUCCAAACUUUCUCUGAGGUUUUUCCCCCUGCGGAGUAUUAUUCCGGGUCCUUAACUUUUCUGCCGUGUCAUCAUUUGUGGAGUUAAGGCGGUAGAGUCAUCCGAUGCGACCAGAGCUCUCUCAUAGGAUUAUCAAAAAAAAAAAAAAAAAAAAAAGAGGAAAGAAAAGGAAAUCAACAGCCCAGGGAAUGCGGCGUUCACUGUAACCCGGAGGUACAGCUGCUCCAGUGAAUGAGCAACGAAGAUCGUGAUAAAGCGAGCAAAAACAAAUGAGGACGCGAUGGAAAUUUAAAAAGAGACGUUUCUGUGCACUCAUAUCCUGGUCUGAUUCAGCUCCUGUCAGCAAAAUGAUGUUUUCUCCUCUCCCUCUGUCUCAGGAUGAGUUUCAUCCGUUCAUUGAGGCUCUGCUACCCCAGGUCCGUGCCUUUGCCUACACAUGGUUCAACCUCCAAGCCAGGAAAAGAAAGUACUUCAAAAAACAUGAGAAAAGAAUGACUAAAGAAGAAGAGAGAGCUGUUAAAGAUGAACUUCUGGGAGAGAAGGCAGAGGUUAAACAGAAGUGGGCUAGUCGUCUUUUGGCCAAGCUAAGAAAGGAUAUUAGACCAGAAUGCAGGGAAGACUUUGUCUUGUCAAUCACUGGGAAGAAAGCUGCCUGCUGCGUCCUGUCGAACCCUGACCAGAAAGGCAAAAUGAGGCGCAUAGACUGUCUCCGACAAGCUGACAAGGUGUGGAGGUUGGACCUGGUGAUGGUGAUCCUGUUUAAAGGAAUCCCGUUAGAAAGCACAGAUGGAGAGCGACUGAUGAAGGGAGGCCAGUGCUCCAAUCCAGUCCUCUGUGUCCAGCCUCGACACAUCUCUGUCUCUGUCAAAGAGCUUGACCUCUACCUCGCUUACUAUGUACAGGAGAGAGAGGCAGAGCAGAGCAGAAGUCCAAGUCGUACAGGAGUGGGCUCUGAUCAGGAGGACAGUCGAACUGCCACAAUGGAUGGUCCAGAGUUCCAGGAUAGUUUUGUGACAUCAGGAGUUUUCAGUGUCACUGAGCUGGUCCAGGUCUCGAGAACACCUGUUGUCACAGGAGUGGGACCUAGUUUCUCUAUGGGGGAACUCCAGGGUCAUCUGGCGUAUGACCUCAACCAGUCUGUCAACCAGCCAGUAAGCCUCAGACGAUCACUAGCCAGCACCUCAUCUAGCGGGAGUAAGCGUCAUAAGUCUGGCUCAAUGGAGGAAGAGGCUGACAGUCCUGGAGGCGAGUAUUACCACUCGCCAUCUUCUCCUGCCAGCAGCUCAAGGAACUGGACUGAUGACAUGGAAGGAGGUGUGUGUGUUGUAGGUCUUUCUCCUCCUGUAAAAAAGGCAGAGCUGGACAGUCCCUCUCCCCAGGAAGACUCACCCAGAGUGGGCUCCUUCACUCAGCACCAUCGCCCUGUCAUAGCUGUUCACAGUGGUCUGUCUCGGAGUCCACACCCCUCCUCAUCUCUUCAUUUUCCAUCCUCCUCCUACUUCCCCCAUGGAGCAAUCCGUUAUCCCCCUCACCUUUCCCAGGAUCCCCUCAAAGAUCUGGUUUCAUUAGCCUGUGACCCAGCCAAUCAAAACCCCAGCUCUCUAAAUGGCAGCAACCAGGUUAAGGUGCCCAGUCACUACAUCUCCUCUCAGAUGUUGGCACCCCCUGGACCAGUGUCUUCCCUGGCUCCUCCUUCAUCCUCCCUCCCAAGGCCAACACUGUCUGCAGAGUCAAAGGCCUCUACCACCUCUUCUGAUGGGGGAACAAACUCCCCAACAUCACCAACAUACUCAGCCCCCGGAACUCCCCCUGCCAACCGCACCUCCUUCGUUGGAGUCAGCCCUCGAGACCCAGCAGGACUCUACCAAGCUCAGUCUUGGUAUCUGGGCAACUGAGUGAUCCCUGGGGGAAAGAUGAUUGUCAUGGCUGUGCUGUCCUGGAGAAAUGAACACAAUGUUGUCAAGACAUUGCCAGAGGAAAAAUAUAUUCAGCUUUAUAGAAGCAUAACACGUGGUCAUACAUACAUAUAAAUAUAAAGUGUAGCAUAUUUAUAUGUUUGUAUAUACCAAGAAGAUACAGUGUGGACGUAAGAAGGAUGCUGCUUUCUCUCAGCCAUAUUGCAGUCACAGAAUGAACUGCACCAAAUGAUACUAAAUGUUCUCAAGAAUGGCAACUGAUGUGAGUUGUGAUUUUUAAGUUACAGUAAGGGAGUGGUGCAGAUGAGUGUUUCCUUCAGAAGACCCGCAGACCAGAGCCAGGCCUCAACAUACCAGAUCUUAAGGAGCCUGUGAUCUGACUGUGUGCCAAGGAAAGGGUCUGUUUUCCCUUGGAUGGAUAUCAGCCUUUGUUCUCGCACCCUAGGUCUCCACACUAAAUCUAGUUUAAGGCCUCCCUCCUGGGACAGAUGUAAACCUCAUCCCCUCUCAACACCCAGAAUGCCCCUUACUGCUGCAGGUGCUGCUUAAAAUAUAUGCAAAUAAGCCUCCCUUUUUUCCAAAACUGACUAGAAAGAGAGAUUCUCUUGUUAUUAUUUAAUGUUUCUUUGCACUUUUCAAUAUGUUAUUGCCACAUUUGAAGAAAACUAACAGUUAAAAAAAUAAUCUUUUUGAUCUUCCCACUUGAAGACAGAGGCUUUGUCUUUUUAUUGACAAUCAUCAGCCUAAAACCAUUAUUUUGCUUUACUGGGUUCAUGUUUUAAGACUGUUUGAUUGUGCUUUUUUAUCAGAAAACUGUGGAUUAUGAGUGGAAUAUAAGAGCUAUAUUCAUGUCUCCUCCAACACAAGAGACAAUGCUACAGUUUGACAUCAGUUACAAUCGGUCAAUCAAUACUGGUAUCGGAAGGGCAGAGCGCAUUGUUUCAAAUUAAUAUUAACAUGCUUCUUCCUUUACUUCAGAAACAAAUCUAUUUGUAACGCAGUAAUUAUCAAAACCUUCAAAAGUCCAAAUGUUUGGAGGAGACAUAGAAACACCUCAGUGGAUCUGAGAAAAGGCAACAACACAUGGAAACCUGGACUAUGUGGCAAAAGAGCCAAAGUCAAGGUGGCUAUUGAACUGUGUGUUUUUACAUGUAGCAUGAAGGGGUGUGUGCGCCUGAGUGUUUGCCUGAGUGUGUGCGUGUGUGUGUGUCUGUCAGAUUGAAAUGUUUCUGCAUUUGUGAACUCACCUCUGCUUGGUUUUGAGAUUUUGUGGAUGGAUAUGGAAAGAGAUGAAGUAGGUAUUGCACUACACUUAAGUUACAGUUGCAGUGAUGCAGCAUGUUUCUAAGCUGGCAGGCUGAAUCGUAGUUGUUCUUGAAGUUGUUGGUUUCCGAUAGUAGGUUAUGUGCAUACUAAUUUGAGAGCUUCAUAUUUAUGGUGAUCUACAAAGGUGUUCAAGCAAGGUUCUGCACUGUCUAGCUCAACCCCACCAUGAUAAUCCAUAGAGGAACAGUAGAGUGGGUUUGGGUUGGAGUUCAGGCAGCUGGAGACGGAUUAAUAGACAGACAGGUUAGCCACAGUGCCAUGGUGGGAUUUAAGACCGCCUUGAUGAUUAACCACUGACAAGAAAGAUAUCAAGCAUUCACAAUUUGAUUUUAAGGUCAUAGCUUAGAUGCUGGGCCCCAUCCAAAAUAUGUCUUCAUAACAGUGCUUUUAUGAGCCAAAGCAAUAGUCCCAGGUUCAUGCUUUUCACAGCUAAAUUUUGCUAAUAAUCUUUUGAAAAGCGUGCAAUAAUUUCAAGUCUUUUUUUUUUUUUAACUUUGAUCAGAAUGAUCACAAACAUUAGACAAGGAAGGACAUCCCAGAACCAUCUGAUCAUAGGUAAUCAAGAUAAGAGGACACAUAAGAGUAAGAUCUCAGUUCAAGAGAUAGCAACAACUUAGUCUGUAGUCUAUAAGUAAGAGUAGAAUAUAAUCCAGUCAAAUUAAAAAAGCAUAUCACCAUUGAUACUGGCAUGUACAGUUCAAUGCAAACUUUAUAUGCAAAAGUAGUAAACACUUCACUCAAACAUCUCAUGUGAACAUGAAAUGACAAAAAAAAAGUCCAGGGACAAAUGUUUUGAUAGGUACAUUUUUAAUCCUCAGUGUUUUCCACCCGAAAAGCAUUCUAUUGAAAUUAGUUGCCUUUUGAUGUGGAUUUGUGUUUCUGUGUUGAGGAGAGAUCAGAAUAAAUGUCAAGCAAAUAUUGCCUUGAAUUAUAGACAUAGAGUUGACCCCUGCAGUGUUUUUCAUUCUGCAGACAUUACUCCAUAACAAUGUUGUGUACCCUGUGCAAAAAAACACCAGGGUGGAAGUAAAAAAUGUACUUUUUGUGCCAUCUAAUUUUUAUUAUGAAAGUAGGUUCCUGAUCUCACAUAAGUCUACAAUCUGCCUGUAAGGAUAAAAUAUAUUCCAGGUUUGAUUCCAACAUAUCUGUUAAAUUAAUGUUAAACUAGUGAAGGAGAAUGCAGUAGUGUGUCAUGGUGAGUUCACAAAUAGGGCUACAAAAAGAGCCAGUAAGCUGAUCAUACACAGCCUCACAUGCUUGCAACUUAUAAAACCAUAUGUGCAAAGUAGUGCUGUAACUUUUUUUGUAAGACAGCUUAAGACUUUGAAUUUAGAAGGAACUCCAGUUUAGUCAGAAGUUUUGUUUCCCUUUCUUCUUUUGUGUCUUUGCAUUCAAAAUGUUCCAAUCAAACAGCUAUGGAAUAGGUUUAGUUUUUGUGCAUUUUUUAAAGAUUGCACAAAAGCCUCUUGCAUCACCUAGAUUAAGCAACCUCUUUCUUUUUAUACUAUUUGCUGUCCAGAUGCAUCUUAAAUGUAUGUUCGGUCUGAAUACAGGUGUGAGUGUUUCUUAUUGUUUUCUUUCCUAGGCUUAGGGGUCAAAGUUAGCAGCAGUCAGUUGGAUUUUGUACUGAAGGUGCUGAUGUGAGCUUAGAUUUCUGUGGGGUGAGGUUUCAAGUUUUGUUAAAGUUGGCUUAAGUUGGCUUAAGCUGAUGUAUACUGCAUGGUGCUGCCAUGGUCGCUGUGCUGACCUAAUGAAUGCAUGGCUAAAACUGAUGAUACCUCUUCCUCUCUAUCCUGCUCUUUCUCCUCUUCUCCUUCCUCACUCUGUACUCUGUACUGAAUCAGAGGGCAGUAGAUGGAAGGACUUCGUAUUUCUUUACAUUUUAAUAAUGGCCCUGUUGUUAAACUUCUAUUUUGCACGAUAUUUCAUAUAACACAUUAUGUGCCUUGCCUUUAGUUAAAGAACAAUAAUAUAAUAUGGGAAAGUGAUCAUAUUUCAUGGUACAGCUGGAAGCUUAAAACAAAAAGAAAAUACAAAAAAAAAGCUGCAUGUGUGAGAGCUUGGCAUUAUCCAGUGUUGCAGGUACAUAGUUUAGGUUAAACAGUGUCAGUGUAUGAACUACCAGCUGGGAUUGGCUUGAAUGUCAGCUUUGUGAAAGCUUUCAUUAGUUUUAGCAGUCUACAUUUCCAUUCAACCAAAGGUAGAACACAUUUUUACAGCACAAGAGAAACACUCUGACGAUUCAAAUUCAAAUACUUUGCUUCCAUUCACUACAUUUAACUGUAGCUUUGAACCACAUCUGACAGCAGCCACAGGGCUUGGCUGAAGUGUCAUCGGGUGAAAUUAGUAUGGAAAUGGUUAUAACUAGUGAUGAAUACUGAUUUAAAGAUCAUGGUCAAACACGUGUUAUUAAACACUGUAGUUCUUUUCUUGAUUUAGUAAUGACUGAAUUACCACAGCGAUAUCUAAACAAACUUGAAUGUUGAGAACGUUCUUAAGAAGCUAGUCUUUAAGACAAGAUUUAUAGUCAAACUAUUAUUGUAACGGCCAAGGUUGAACACGUCAUUUUAUUCUGCACAGAAAAGAACCGUACUUUCAAAAAUGUUGCCCUUCUCCUUUAAGUCCAGAUUUUACAUGCCAGAUGUUGCUGUUAACAGUUGUUUAUUGCACUCAUAGAGCUGAUGUGGUUCAGAGGCUCUGCAUCUUAAGCUGAAGUGUUGGCCUUUAGGUGUGCGGACAAGUUACUGACAUUAACAGUGUUGAUUAUAAGAGGGGCGUUGUCCCAAAAUGUGGACACCAUUGUAUUGUAAAUCCUACUGUAAUUUCAGGUAUGGUUAAAGUGUAGCUACUUUGGAUCUAAAAACCACACAUGUUUGAUGGGAGGUCUUGCCUCAAUGUUCAUAGUGCAAACAAACAUUCUGCAUGGAUCUGCAAACAUACCAAGUAGCAAAUACUCGCAAACACAUUUUAUUGUAUUUAUUGCUGGAUGUUUUUUAAACCUUUAUUGUGAAUAGUUGUCAAGCAUUGAGCCAAUGUGACAGAGCCACCCAAUGCCAUAAUAGAAAUGUGUAGGUUUGGAGUUUAAGGGUCAGAAGCUCUAUGAUUGGCUAUUUUAACACCGUCCAUUUGCCCGUAUGAUGAUUAUAACUAUGUGACUAAUCAUAUGACAAGGCAUAACAAAAAGCCAUUGUUUAAAUUUCAGUUUCAUAUGAAUGCAUGCACUUAACACUAUUCUUACUCAACUUGGCUUUAAGGUUGUGACUAUUUUUUUCUUGAGUUAUUAUUAUCACUUUGCUUAUAGAGAUAUAGUUUUAAACACAGCAGUGUGUAUAAAAACAUGUACAACAUGGACUGAAGAAAAUAAUGAAUAGAAAAUAAAUGUCUGUUGCGUUUGAGUUUAAGUUUGACCCUCUUAAAAAGAUGGACAAGCUAGAGUAAGUUUCCCAUAAAAUGGGCUUGUUUCAAAGUUUAGUCAUGUGAAGUACGAUGAAUGGUAACCGGUGCAAUGAUAGUGGAAGAGAGACAAUCUUGGAAGUUAAGUCUGAGUGAUUCACUCAAAGACCACAGAGCUCUGCAAAGGCUACACAGUCCUCUAAAUGUGUAAUCUUCAUAGCAGCAAUUGUUGCCCUUUUAUACCCUGUAGUAAAAUUAAAACUUUGUAGGGUAUACAUGUAGGUUUAUUUGUAGACUAAAUGAAAUCCUGAUUGCACAAUAGCAUCAUACAUAUGUAAAUGCUAGCACAAUUUACAUUAAUGGUGCAAUUUAUCUUUGGAUUUAAAGUUGUUGUUUCUUUUUCGGUGUAAAAAUAUAUUUGAAGAUUUUUUUUGCAUAGGCCAUUUCAAAAUGUAUUUGUGUGCAGUUAACAGUGUUGAAUACACUUGGACAUCGCAGAACUAAAAGAUACAUUGUAAGUGAACAGGUGACUAUUCUUGUAAUGGAUUGUCUUAACCUGAGAUUUGCCUGUAGAGGUCCCAAUCAUUCCAAAAUAUUAGCCACAAUUUUAAAAACCUGAUGACAGAUAGACCCAGUGUGAAUUGACCCAAAAAUCAUCACAUCAGAUUCAUAGAGAAAGCACACUGGUGAUGGCAAGAUGUUCCACCAAUAAAGAAAAAAAAUGCAACACAUGGUUCUCCACAAUUUACCCUCUCAAUCUUACAAACAAAGUCUCCUGUCAUAAUAAUCGCACACUAUAUGAUUGAAAGCUGUCUUCCUGGGUCCCUCAGUCACCAGAUUUAUUUACACACGGAUCAUAGAUCUGCAGCAGUACUAUGGGACCCUACUAGACCUAGCUGACUUGGGUCAUCUUGUUGGGGGUUGUCUCAGAAACUGUAGGCCAAAGUGAAAAAUGCUUUGUCAAUGUGCUAAUAAUAAGACUAAGGCUAUUGAUGUAAAACUGGCAUUAUUUAUUUUUUCUAACUAAGAAUCAACUUGUGUUGAAUUUAUACUAUGCACUGAUUGUGACAGGCCAGAUUUGGAAACCAGGCCAAAUUGUUAUUAUAUUUUUAUGUUUAUAUUCCCUCUUUCAGUCAAAGAUAUAUUUGUUUUAAAACUGUCCUUAAAAAUAACCAUGUUCAUGAAUCCAAGGAUGUGUUACUGGUAACACCAGGCAAGAAGUUAUGAAUACUCACAUGGCUGCCUUUUAAGCUACAUGCAGGAGGAUAAAGGCUAUUUCUGUGAAAUGUUUUCAAAGAUUAAGCCUUGUAUUUACCCAUAGUGGGACUUGAUGUGGUUUACUUAGCUGGGAUCUGUCUGCAGUUAGGUACUGGCUACCUGUUGGUAAAAACCAGGAACAAAAGGGAGAAUAUCUAUGCCCAAGGACAAAAAAAAAGAUUGGACACUGAGUUCUGACAGUGUGUCAGCUGCUUUGCUAAAUGUGUUUUAAGCUUGUAAAGUGUAAUGUGUUAAUUUCAUUUAACAAAAUGUACCAAAUUGAGCAUUGAAUAAUUGUAAGAUAUCACAACCAAGAGAAAUACAACAAGACACUCACACCCUGCCUACACCUCUAUUUCAAACCUGCUCAAUAACAGGUGAAAUACCAUGCAGCUGUCAGUAAAUAUGGUGACACUGUUACCAUUGCAAGAGAGUGUGUGAAAGUACAAUUAAGGAAAUAAUUAUGAUUAUAAGAUUAUUGUAAUCAUCUGGGAAAUUUCCCACCUUGAGUAAAAAUGUGUCCAUGAGUUGAGAAUAAUGUUUCAUAAUUAAACCAACUUGCACACAUAACUUCAGCUUCUCAUCAAAAUGUCAUCAAAACUUUCUCUGCUGUGGUUAAGAAAGCGGCAGGUCAACAGCAUUGAAUUGGCAAAGACGCUACCAAAAACUAUUUCAACAAGCAGUGCCUGUGAUUAUACUGCAAGUUUCAUUUCAGUUAUUUUUCAUUUGCAGAACAUGUUGUGUUCAAACAGUACAUAGAGGUGUGACACACUUCUACCUAGGGAUUGGUGCUUACUAUUGAAAACAUCACCAGCCCUGGCCAGUAGAUAUGGGCUGGGCGGGUCCUAAGGUGACAAGCCAUAAAUCAACCCAAAGAGUUACUGAAAAUCUAGAGGGACAUUGACAAACUGUCUACUUUUUUGAGGGAACUAAAUGUAAAGUUGAUCCACGCGUCUUCAUUUUAGGUUGGAUUAUAUUCAGGGAUUACAGCUGUGUCCUAUUUUUGUCUACUUUUGAGGUUGCACGUGAAAUAGGCUGAAAUAAUUUUAGAUUCAGCUUUGUCAUGAUGCCUCUGUACAAAGGGUACUACAAAUUGUGUAUGGUUACCAAAGACAGAGUAGGAAAAAAAUGCAGAUUUGUUAGUUGACAAGUAAAAAGAGUUGAAGCAGUAAUAGUGAUGAUCCCUUAUCUUUAUAAUAACUUUCUUCAAUUGAUGUAUCUUUCAGCAAACUGAUCUCAUAAGUCUUUGUCACAGACGGCUUUACAGUUGAAAAAUCACAGGUGUGACUAAUAAAGUGAAUGAUGGCUGAAGCCAAAUAAACUAAUUGAGGGUCAGUGUUCUGUAUGGCAAACGUUUUUUAAUUCAUUCAGGAACUAUUAAUUAACUGUCCAGUUAUAAGCACUUCUAUGUUUUAUUCAGAUGAAUAGUUGUAGUUGGGAACUACUCAUAUUUUGUAUCCUUUAUGGUCUAGUGUGACCAUCAAAUAUUCACAUUAUCUUUUCUUACACAUACUGUCUCCCAUGCAAUUUCAGUAUAUUAAAGAACUGAUUCCGCCUAAGUUACUCCCUUCACAGUUUAAUGGGAAUAUGAACAUUAGGAAUUGUCAAUUUGUAUGAAAUCCGAUCAUCAAAAAUCUUUUGAAAUUGUUGACUAUAUGUUUUCUUAGAUGUUAUUUAUUGGGGAAGGCUAAGUUCCAUCUAGAUUUUACUUUUCUUUGUGGUACAAACCAAGUGCUGUUCUUACCACUGUUUGCUGACGAUACAAAAAACACUUUUGUUUAGAUGCAUCUUAUAAGAUGAUAAGUAAGCAGUGAUAAUUGUAUUUGAAGCUUAGAAGCUGAAGUUGGUCAAAGUUGGUUAUAUCGUGAACGAAGAACUAUACAAACUAACUAUACCACUUAAACUGUCAGAGAACUAAUAAUAGGCAAGUUUAUUAAGGGUGAUUUUCUAAGAGGGCUCUUUUCUAUAACUCUCAAUGUUACUUAAACCUCUUCUGUUGCCUGAAAAACUUGUCACUCCGAUAUGGGUUUUUGCUGUUUUUUGUUUGUGCUAUCAUUUCAAAUGUGUUUUCUUCUAUUAGUGACCCUUCAAAACUCAUUUAUUUAAUUCAGAAUCACAGCAGCUUGAAUUCCUUUUUUAGUUAUUGAAAUAAGAUUUUGUAGUUUUCCCUGUAACAGUGAUGCCAUGUUGAUUCAGUUCUGUAUCUUUGGGUAUCUUACACCUGCACUCUGUGUACUCCUUGUGCUGAAGACAGUUUGUAAUGAAAGAAAGAGUUGUUUCUCAGAGAACAUUUUAAUGCAGUCUCAUAUUUUAGAGAUUUUUUUUCAUAACUUUUCAGAUAUUGAUGUAAAGGACUGCUUUGCUUGCUUCCAAAUAUAUAUCCCUUACAUCAGAGAGAGCGAAGGCAUGAUUAGCUUUCAACAGUUAUUGCAUGACUACAAUCCACACAGACAAUGGUCCUUUUCACAUUAAGUGGUCAUCGUGACAUUAUAGAAUUCAUUUAGCUAUGGGAUUUCAACACCAAAUCUUUGGUUAGCAUUGAUACAUCAAAAUUUCCAAAUAUCUGAAGCAGUGAACAAGGCUUUCCUGGGUCAUUAUAUUUCUAUAUAGGUGUGCAUCUUAUAUUUAUGAUUACUUGUAUCUUAUCAGAGGACUAUGGCACAACUUUCUCAUCUGACUUGACUUAUUAGUGCCUGACCCAAAACACAUUUUUGACACCUGACAGCUAAUCGGAUACAUGCAACGUUGCACAACUUGUUAUUCAGAUAUCAGAAAACAAAACAGGUAAAGGCAAGUUGUAUUUUUUAUGCUGAGUCUAUAUUAUGCACCAGCGAGCUGACAUUAACCCUGGCCUGAGAUGUUCACUGUGUAAAGGGCUAGUGCUCUGGAUUGGAUGUAGUGUGUAGCAGCUUAGCAAGAGCUUUAAGUACUUCUUCUUUGGGAUGUUUUUCAGUUGAAACAAAUGUCAAUAAUCCACCUUUGUUUGCACGAUGUUAACAAUUGCUCUAGGCUUGCAUUCAGACAAGAACAGGAAAUCAUGUCAACACUGUGGCAUAGUGAUAGACUCACAGUUGUUUCAAGAUUGAAAUUUCUGUUCCUGUCUGAAUGUACCAUAGUUUGAGAUGGCUGUCUAAACCAAUAUUUCUGACCUAAUGUUGUUCAUCUGCUGUGGGGGAUAUUAACAUCUUUGAUAAUAUGUCAUUGUAACCAUAUUUAGCCAUUGCUGUCAGCAAUUGCUGAUAAUUCAUUACUGGAAAUGAGUAUGUUUCCCUAUGCAAAAAUAUACCAUUAAUAAACAAGCUAAACCACAACUCAA